CUUCCUCUGAUGUCAGGGUCUGAGUUUGGCAGUGUUUAUAUGUUUAUUAUCGCAAACAAUAUAUCUAUAUAUUUUUUUUUGCAGCAAGAGGAACAUUAUACACAAGCUGAAGUAUACUAAGACGUGUUCUAAGGGGAUGAUUCCCAGGUUUUGAAUGAGGUGAAAUGACAACAUCAACAUUACAGAAAGCGAUUGACCUUGUGACAAAAGCCACAGAAGAAGAUAAAGCAAAGAACUACGAGGAGGCCCUGAAGCUAUACCAGCAUGCUGUGGAGUAUUUUUUACAUGCUAUUAAAUACGAGGCUCACAGUGAUAAGGCAAAGGAGAGCAUCCGAGCAAAGUGUGUGCAAUAUUUGGACCGAGCGGAGAAGCUGAAGGACUAUUUAAAGACUAAAGACAAACCAGGGAAGAAACCUGUGAAGGAGUCCCAGCAGAAUGACAAAGGUAGUGACAGCGACAGUGAGGGUGAAAGCCCAGAGAGGAAGAAACUUCAGGAACAGCUGAUGGGUGCCAUUGUAAUGGAGAAACCCAAUGUAGGGUGGAAUGAUGUUGCUGGGUUAGAAGGGGCUAAGGAGGCGCUAAAAGAAGCUGUCAUUUUACCCAUCAAGUUCCCACAUCUAUUUACAGGAAAGCGUACUCCUUGGCGUGGAAUCUUGCUCUUCGGCCCUCCUGGAACUGGGAAAUCUUACCUGGCGAAGGCUGUGGCUACAGAGGCCAAUAAUUCAACAUUCUUCUCUGUGUCCUCUUCUGAUCUCAUGUCCAAGUGGCUGGGAGAGAGUGAGAAACUCGUGAAGAACCUUUUUGAAUUGGCACGUCAGCAUAAGCCUUCCAUCAUUUUCAUUGAUGAAGUAGAUUCCUUGUGUGGGUCCAGAAAUGAGAACGAGAGUGAAGCUGCAAGGAGAAUUAAAACCGAGUUUUUGGUACAAAUGCAAGGUGUUGGGAAUAACAAUGAUGGAAUCUUGGUUCUUGGUGCCACGAACAUCCCCUGGGUUCUGGAUGCUGCUAUUCGGAGAAGGUUUGAAAAGCGUAUUUAUAUCCCUCUACCAGAGGAACCAGCCCGUGCGCAGAUGUUUAGGCUUCACCUGGGAAACACCCCUCGCAACCUCUCGGAGGCUGAUCUGCGAGAGCUGGCUAAAAAGACACAAGGAUACUCCGGAGCUGACAUUAGCGUUAUUGUACGAGACGCGCUCAUGCAGCCUGUGCGCAAAGUACAGUCAGCCACACAUUUUAAAAAGGUUCGUGGUCCAUCCCGAACAAAUCCAAAUGUGAUUGUGAAUGACCUCUUGACCCCUUGCUGUCCUGGUGACCCAGAAGCAAUUGAGAUGACCUGGAUGGAUGUUCCCAGUGACAAACUCUUAGAGCCCAUCAUUUGCAUGUAUACCUUGGCAGUGGAUAACCAAUGUGAUACUGUGAGGAUUUGGGGAUGGAGUCGGGGGUUAAUGGUUUUUUUUUUUUUAGUCGGACAUGCUGCGUUCCCUGACCACCAGCAGACCCACAGUAAAUACAGAAGACCUUCUGAAAGUAAAGAAAUUUACUGAUGACUUUGGACAGGAGGGUUGAUGGGACAGUUGUAAUAUUAUUUAAAAAGAACCCCCCUUCCACACUACAUAACCAGCUCACUGACUUUAUUAACUACAGGUGGAGUACUCCGGCUGGAAUGAUGAAGGACUAUUUAUGUUUUGUCUCGACGGAGGGAAAUCUUAACAGUCCUUAUAUUGAAAGCUCUACAAUUCUGAAGCUUCAAUUUCAGUUUAUUUGACUCUGCACUCCCAUAAUGGUAAAAUAAUGCCAACAUGAUUAGAAGGCACGGCACAAAGUACCAAACUAAACCUGGUUUUAAAGAAUAGACUGCAGCUUUUCAUUAAAGUAUACUUCAGCUUCUAUAGACAAUCUAAUGGAAACAAGUCUACUUCUCACGGACAGCUGCUAUUUGAAACGUCAUGUCUUCACCUGCUAUCAUUGUCUAAAUACAAUACAUGUGUUCUUUCGCAGUUCCCCAUUUACUGCCAACAGGCUACAGGUGAAGGCCUUCCUUGAUCCUUUAAAGGAAAAGUGAACAUUUGUAUGUAGAAAAAAUGUUACAUGGUUGAAUUUGUGUUUUGGUGGGACUUGCAUUGAAUUUUACGAUGCAUUAGUUGUAUAAUAUAUAAAUCAAAUGGCACAAAAUUAAGACAUUAAGUAUUGGUUUUACAUAACUUAUAAUUUCUAAUUUGAUGUGUGUUUUUUUAUUUUAAUAGUUUUAGCAGAAGGCUACAGUAGGUGAUGAUGUCUUGCCCAAUCAGUUAAGCAUGAUGUUUAUGUUCUGGUUUCCUCCCUGUGCCUUCUAGUGAGCACUAUACAGUAAUUUGUGCUGUUAUCCCAAGGCAGCUUUAUGCACUGUAUGUUAUAUGGAGAACUUGAACAGAAUACCCUUAUGCAGUUAUUGCUAGGAAAAUGUCUCUAGUUUAUCCAGCCUAAAUGCUCUUCUUUUGAAUACAUCCAUUAAUUCAGAUGCUGUGUGGAUGAUUGACCCCCUGUACAACAUUACAAUUAAACUCAUGUAUUAAACCUUUCUAAGCAGUGUUACACACACUGAACAUGACCAAUGAACUCAUACAAUUGAGUUACAUCUAUUUGGCCACUCACUACAUGUCAUUAGAGGUUUUCUUUUUUGUUUGUUUUGUUUUUUUUAUUGUAGCAGAGAAGCCAAAUGUAUGCUACAGUGACACUUGCGUUUUGACCGAUUUUAAUAUUUUCAUGUAAUUUAACUACAUGUUAAUAAUACAUGGGAUAUUUCAAUGCUUAGUAAAGCCAAUGAAGAACAAA